UUCGCCGCAUACUCAAACACCGUAGCCAUGGCCGCUGAGGAGCCCAAGAUUGAAGAAAUCGUCGAUGACGUCGAUGUCGAUGAUGAUGAGGAGGCCCCCGAUCUCGAGGCCGCUGACGGCUCUGCUGCCGCCGGUGGUGAUGAGGGCGAGGAUGGCGAGGAUGGCCCUGGCCAAAGCCGCAGCGAGAAGAAGGCUCGCAAGGCCAUGAGCAAGCUCGGCCUGAAGCCCGUCGAGGGUGUCAGCCGCGUUGCCAUCCGCAAGAGCAAGAACAUUCUGUUCGUGAUCCCCAAGCCCGAGGUGCACAAGUCCCCCGGCUCGGACACCUACGUCAUCUUUGGCGAGGCCAAGAUUGAGGACCUGUCCCAGAGCCGCCUCUCCCAGGCCGCCCAGAAGAUGGCUCCUGAGGCCGCUGCCGAUGAUGUCGAGCCCGCCGUGGCCGAUGCCCAGCCCGCUGCUGCUGCUGCCGAUGAGUCGGCUGCCGCUGACAACGAGGAGGUCGAUGAGACUGGCGUUGCUGCCAAGGACAUUGAGCUCGUUAUGGCCCAGGCCAGCUGCUCCCGCGCCAAGGCCGUCCAGGCCCUCAAGAAGAGCGGUAACGACAUUGUCAACGCCAUCAUGGAGCUGACCAUGUAAGGGAGGGCUAUGCUGCCACUCCGUUCCUCUCCUUGACCAUGCUCUUGGAUACCCUGUCUCGUGCAUCGUCCUGACUUGUGAAUCAAGUCGGGUUGUCAACUAUGGAUAUGCGCCGCUCAAAGGGCCGCGCACGGACCAUUGAACAAGAUAAGGAAAAGGGGGAGGGGCGCUCGCCCCGGCCCCGAACAGAAUUGAAAAACCAAAGCCUC